CCCAUUGUCAAAGCCAACAAUCGGGACCUCUCUUAUGUCCUCCUUGUCUCUCUUCUGCUUUCCUUCUUGUCCUCCUUCCUCUUCAUUGGCAAACCGAGCAAAGCCACCUGUCUCCUCCGACAAACAGCCUUCAGCAUCAUCUUCUCAAUUGCUGUCUCUUCUGUCUUGGCCAAAACAAUCAUGGUGGUGCUGGCUUUCCUGGCCACAAAGCCAGGGAACCAGGUACGAAGAUGGCUGGGGAAGACUUUGAGCAACACCAUUGUCCUUUCUUGCUCCGUUGUCCAAGUUGUUCUCUGUGCAAUUUGGCUGGGCUCUUCGCCCCCCUUUCCUGACUCUGAUAUGAACUCUCAACCUGGAGAAAUCAUCCUGCAAUGUAACGAAGGCUCUCUUGUCAUGUUUUAUGGUGCUCUCGGCUACAUGAGCUUCCUGGCUGCCAUCUGCUUUUUGGUGGCUUUCCUAGCUAGGAAGCUGCCUGGGACUUUCAAUGAAGCCAAGUUGAUCACAUUCAGCAUGCUGGUCUUCUGCAGUGUUUGGGGUCACCUGAGUAUUGCAAAUGGGUUUGGAGCCUUCUUGGAACUGUUGAAAGGAUUGUGUUGUAGACUGGACAUAGAUGAUGUGUCUCUCCACACUUUGGGUCAGGGAGGGAGCUUUGGAAUGUCAGACCAGACAUCAACAACUUACUAUCUCGUGGGAACCAAGGUCAUCCUACCAGCUGCUGGCCAGAGGCUGGAAGAGGUUACCAAGGAGAUUCCAGAAUACCUAAUUGGAUAA